AUGGAAAACCAAGAAGGUGGCAACUUAUUGCGGUCUCAUGAUUCAUCUAAUGAAGAAAAUCAACCUAAAGUUAAAGCAAUAAGAUCAGGUGGCAUGAAAGUGAAUGUAUUUCUUACUCGAGAAAUUCAAUCGAAACGACAAAUGGGCCGAUAUUAUUUUCAACAAGGAGAGUACCAAAGUGCUCUAAUCAACUACAAAGCAAUAUUGGAUAAGAUGGUUGAUCCAGUAGAUAUUACUAUUGAACAAGACUGCUAUCAAUGUGAUAUUCUUCUUGAUAUAUCUGACACUUUAAGAGAACAAUAUCAUUACGACGAUGCUCAAGAAUAUUGUAUUCAAGCAGAAAAGAUAGCCAAAAAAGUAAAAGAUAAACUUCGCUUAGCUAAAUGUUACGAUAACCACGGUAAAUUAAACACGAUCAGAAAUCAUUAUCAACAAGCGUUAGAGGAUUUUAAUCAGGCGCUUGAAUUCAAAUUAUCAUUGUUAGAUGAUCGUAACCUCCAUGUCUCCGACACCUAUCAUAGCAUUGCUACUGUCCUCUACUUAGUAGACGAAAAUAGCCAAGCCCUGGUAAUGUAUCAAAAAUCAUUGAAUAUAAGAUUAAAUCUGUUAGGAGAUGAAAAUCUAUAUGUUGCCUAUUCAUACCAUGGAAUCGCAAACAUCUACCGAAAACAACAUCAAUACGAUGACGCUUUGACAAUGUAUCAAAAAUCUUUACUUAUCCAAUUGGCAAUUUUAGGAUAUAAUCAUGUCAGUCUUGUCGGCAUAUACAAUGCUAUUGCUACUCUCCAUUGUUCGCCAUCUAAAUGCAAUAAUGCAGUUAAAAUCUAUCAGAAAUCAUUAGAUAUGAAACUAGAAAUUUUUAAUAAGUAUCAUUUAGACAUAGCUGAUACUUAUCAUGGUAUUGGUAACGUUAACUAUCUACAAAGCAGAUACGAUGAUGCAUUGAAACUGUAUCAGAUGGCCUUGGAUAUACGAUUAAAAUUAGUAGGAAAUUGUAAUUUAUACAUUGCUCAAUCCUAUUAUGCGAUGGGUAAUAUUUAUUAUUAUCAGGAUAAGAUAGAGGAAGCACAAGAAAUGCAUGAAAAAUCGUUCAAUAUUCGAUUAGCUCUAUUGUCCGACAAUCAUUUAUUAGUUGCUCAAUCCUAUUACAUGCUAGGGCAAAUCUAUUUAUCUCUUGCUAACUAUUCUGAUGCUCUAUCAUAUCAUCAAAAGUGCCUCAAUAUUCGGUUAAAAGUAUUAGAUGAUGAAAAUUUACUUGUUGCCCAUUCAUAUCAUGCAAUUGCAAGUAUUUAUCAUAAGCAAUCUGAUUAUGAUACUGCCUUAACUAUGUAUAAAAAAUCAGUCCAAAUUAAGUUACAAUUAUUCGGUAAUAAUUACGAUGUGGCCUAUACUUAUGAUAGCAUUAGUAGUCUAUACCUUGACCUAGGCCAACAUUAUGAUGCUUUAUCAUGGUGCCAGAAAUCUCUUACCAUUGGAUUGACAUUAUUUGGUGAAAAUAAUCCAUUUAUUGCAAAUUUAUACGAUAAAAUUGCGACUAUUUGUGAAAGACAAGAGAAAUUUUCUGAAGCAGCAACUGCACAUCAGAUAUCUUCUAAUGACAAUAAUGAUAUUCCCCUUGAGAAAUUUAACCGAAUAUUAAAUGAAGAUCAAGCCGAUGGUAACAUUGACAGCAGCGAUUUAGAGUAUUCUUGGGCUAUUCCAAGUACUCCGAAAACACCAAUUAAGGAAAUUUCUAUAGAUGAAUUUAUAGAUUUAUAUCAGAAAAAUGGUAAUAGCUCAAAACGCGAUAAAGUAAUGAUGGACGCUUUAUCGGAUUCAAUUGAGGAGAAAGAAGUACAAGAAACUAACGAUAAAAACAAUAAUAGUACUCGUAGUCGGUCUGACUCUAGAGUAUUGCUGAAAGUCACAGAAGAAUCGAUUGAAAAAAUGAUAGAAGAAUUGAGUGAUCCUGAAGAUGCCCAGGAAAAAGUUCUAAGCAUAACAGGUGGAAUGUUAUAUAAAUCAGAUUAUGACGAUGAAAACGUCAGGCAAUGUCAGUUUGGAGCAAGAACAAUUCUAGACUUCACUGAAGAUUUAAAUGAAGGCACGAUACAGAAUUGGCGCGAUAUUGGUGGCAGUAUCGACUGUUUUCAAGAUAGCUUGAGAACAACUCUUAAGACCAUAAUAGAAUCAUCAGAGGGAGAAGAUAACGAUUUAAGUGAAAUGCAAGAGCAAAGCGUUAAUGUUGAUACCGAAAAUCAUGCAAAUGGAAAAAAAGAAGGUGUGACAGAGGACAAUUUCCUAUCUAAUUUGUUCAAGAUAGUCAUAGAUAGUAAACGCCGCAAUGAUUUCGUACGUCUUAUGUUUAUUGGUCUUUCUAAUGCCGGUAAAUCAUCUGUAAUAAGGAUUCUAACUCAAAAUGGAAUAAUCGAGAAUCUACAAUCAACAAAAAUUAUAAAUACUAAUAACGAAGUAGUUAAUCUUAUCCAUGAUGAUAGCAGUACCAACCCUUGGAUUUGCGAUUUUAUAAAAGUGCUUAAUCAAAAGUUAGCAACAUCAAUAGAUUCAGUCAAAAGAGAGUUGAUUAAAAACCUUCCUGCUGCUCAUGAUGGCAAUGGUGUCGAUGCUAAGAAUAAUAAUAAUUCUUCUAUAACUAAUGAUCACGGUGAGAAUAAACACUUGUCUGGUACAGAAAAAAAGGCAGAGAUAGUUAAAGAUCCAUAUUUAGUGAUAGAUCGAGAAAAGAAAGAAGUGAUACAAAUGGUAGUGGAUCAUCAACAGGAAGAUCAAAUAGAAACCCGGCAUGUUGCACACAACAGCACAACUUUACUAGUUAAUAGUAGUAGUGAGGAAACAACAUUAUCUACUCAUAUAUCAAAUCAAUAUCAAGCUUUAGGCAAGUUAGCUGUAAACAAAUAUUUUCGCUCUAUACUUGAAGCACUAGAGGCAACCGUUCAAGUAAAUCAUGAUCGGUAUGGUAGCUUAUGGGAAUUUUGUGGCCAAACCAUGUAUCGUUGCUUACAUUAUCCUUUCAUACCAGGUCGUGGCAUCUAUAUACUUGUCUUAAACGUAACAUCAGAUCUAAGUAAUACUCAAGAUGAUCAGUCGGCUAAUAUAGCCGAUUUAGAAGGAUUGCAUGAAUGGCUAACUUUGAUCAUUGGUAGUAGCGAUAAUCGCGAACAGAUUAAAAUGACGGUCGAUGGCAUCGACGAAGAAUAUUCUUGGCCUGUGAUUGUCUUGGUGGCAUCAUAUAUCGAUUCUGCUAGAGAGCAAUAUCAAUUAGAACAACGAUUUAAACAAGUUGAGCAACAAUUAAUUUCAUCUUUACCACCCCUCUAUCGUUGUCAUAUUUAUUCAUCCGGUAUCCUCUUUAACUGUAACCCUAACGACAAUAGCCAAGCUACUGUUAGUCAGCGAUUGCAAAGUAGCCGUAAUUUACUUCACAUUGUUGGGAAAAUAACCGAUAUUUUACCAUUCAUGAACGACCUAAUCCCUAUAAGAUGGUACAUGAUGACUAUUUUAUUACAGCCAAAACCAUUUACAAAUAAAGAGAAUAAUACAAUGUUUCCGAAUGGAAUGAAACAGAAUAUAAGUAAUCCAGUUAGUAAUAUUAUGACAAUGCAACAAAUGCAGCAAUUUGCAAUAGAUCAUGGAUUAUAUAAAGAUGACCAAGAUUUACAUGAUAUGUUGAUGUAUUUACAUGACUUUGGAAAGAUAUUAUAUUGCUACCAUAAAGUCGAUGAUCGAAUAAUUGUAACAAAUAUUAAUUGGUUAUUGAAUAUACUUUAUACCAUAAGCGCGUUAGAAGAGCAUCAAUUUCACAGCGCUGCUAUUCGACAUGAUUAUCAAGUAGCACGCACAACGGGUAAAAUGUCAGAAUUAUGUUUAAAUUAUGCCAUUAAAAGAUUUCAUUUAGGUUCUAACGAGAAAGAGAUUAUCUUACGCUUGAUGGCAUAUUAUCAUAUUGCUUGUCAGAUUAAGAGUAAUAGAAUAGAUCAUCAAAAUGAAGAACGUCAAUUUUUUGUACCUUAUAUUUUGCAAACAAACACGAAUGAAUUAGAAUUGACUGGAUAUCACCGAUCGAAUUGGCUUUAUAUCGGAUUUGAUCGAAAUGAUAUGAACUGCAUUCCUGACGCAAUUUUUUAUUGCUUACUUGUGUCCUGUUUAAAUCAGUGGAAUAAUCCUCAAAUUAAAGUAUUUAAUCAAUGUGCUCAGUAUAGCUUACAAGACGAAGAUUAUGAAAUAAUCGUUAGGAAGGAAAGAUCUUAUAUUGGUCUGCAAUAUUGUUAUCAAAUCAUUGAGGAUAAAGAUUUGGCAGAUUUAGUCUUAAAUAAUAUUAAAUUAUCAAUUAGUGAUAAACGUCCACACGAUAUGAUACGAGAGCAAUUAUCAGAGAUUGUUGCUAAGCGAAUGUCAAAAUUUAAAAAAGCUUCCUGCCAAUAUUAUGUUAAAUGUCCUAAAUGUCUUUUGCCUACUUGCACUGCUCGCUGCUACCAGAAUAAUCCAUGUGUCAUUCGAUGUCAGUGUAACCAAGUUUUUAAAUCAAAAUCCGUGGAAGAAUGGAUGAUGGGUAAAUCAAUAGAUCUAUGUAUGGAGAAAGAUUUAAAUAGUAAAGAAGGACCGACUGAAAGUUUGUCUUCUAUUCCUGUAAAGACUGCUGAGAAACUAAGAAGAAGCGUUUCUAUUCGAGCUAGAAGAUAUUGUGAUGUGCAGUAA